UCAGACACUAGAAAUGUUCUCCUGCUGUGGCCUUUUUUUUUGUCAGAAGCACAAGGGAUCAUAGGUUCGCGAUUAUUUUCUGCGUGUGUUCAGUGAAUUAAAAACCAGAAACUUUUGUUAUGAGAGUUCACGUACAAGUUAACCCGUCUGUCCGAAAAACACACCAACUAUACGCAUAGUGAAUUUUCUGCGUGAUAUACAGGUUGCAGUUCGAGUAGGAGGCAAGAGACACCGAGGUAUAGCUGCCGUCUAUCGCAUUGUUUCACCCGCUGACUGAAGAUGGGUCUCGGUGGUUGCUUCAGGGUCCUCCUGUUUAUUGAGAACUUAAUUUUCUGGCUGAUUGGUAUAGCGUUGGUCGCAUUCAGCUCUUACAUCUUACUGGCCCCAGAAGUUCCAAUCUUCUUACAGAUACUACAAGGGUCGCAGGUUAUCUGUUAUGUUGCCAUUGCGUUGGGCGUGAUCCUGUUCGUUAUUGGAUUCCUGGGCUGCCUUGGUGCGUUCAAGGAGAAUACUUGUCUUUUAAAGACGUACGCAUGUUUGGUCAUUGUUGUUGCCCUGUUGGAGGUGGGUGGAGCUGUGCUCAUCUGGCAAAUGGAGGAAAAGCUUCUGUCUUUUCUUCACCUUGGAUGGAACAACUUGGAUGACACUAGUAGGAAUACACUUCAACAACAGUUCGCUUGUUGUGGUUUAAGUACUCCUGGUAACCAAAGCAACACCGUCGUCAUGCCACCAGCAACUUGCUCCGACCCAAACACAGGCGAAACUUUCCAGGUUGGUUGCUAUGACAAACUGAAAGAAUUCAUUUCGGGAAACAUUAUCAUCUCUGCGUCAAUAGGGGGCGGUAUUGUGCUCCUUCAGGUUAUCAGCAUAAUUGCUGCUUGUGCUUUGGGCAAACAUGAGAAGCCAACACAAGUGCGCCCCAUGCCUGGAGCAAGGAAUGCUUGGGGAGGCUACGCUUAGAUGAUACUUCAUCAAGAAAAGGGAGGCCUUCAUAUCUUAUGAAAUGUUGAAUUGAAACUUGGCCUUCGAAGUAUUAUGUGGAAGUGAAAAACACUGCAACUUUCGAAAUUUUGUUUUUGCGUGUGAUUGUUGAUGAAAGUGGUUCCAGUGCUGAAAAGUGACUUGUAUUUUUCAAAGUAACUUUUAAAAUUGUACUGCAACAGUAUCACGGCCUGAACUGACGUGAUUUGGCGAUGCUGUGUAAAUAGUGGCGAAAGUGUUGAAGAAAAAUAAGCUGUUGUGAAUAUAAAAUAAUAUAAAGUAGAUAAAAUUAUGAAAAUCAUUCAUGUUUUGCGAUGAUGGUUUCCUUUGACAUUCGGGGUCAUUAUGGAAUUAUGUGCUCAUUCGGGGUCAAAAUGGGACAUAUUGGGUUACAGCAUACAGUGCUGUCAAAGUGUCCCUUGUGCAUGUAGUUGGUUGCUUCCAAAAGUUUUCGAGUGUUGUCAAAAUCAUCACGAUGUCGAAUAUUCUAACUCCUAUUUUGUUAAAGACACUUUGGUCAAAGACUAGUGUUUCGUGUAUCCCAACAAAGUAUGCAUAAAGUAACAAACAUGUGAAAUUUUUUGCUAAAUUGGUCAUCGAGUUUGCAAGAGAAUGAAAGAAGAAAAGUCUUGUAGCAUUUUUGUGUGCUUGUUUGAUGCAUUUUGAGUGAUAAAAACUACACUACUUCAGAGUAAGCCGUUUCUAACAACAGCUCUACAAUAUUUUGAACCCUACAAAAUGUCACACUUGCAAACUUUUACAGGCAACUAUUUGAAUAAAAGCAACUUCCCGUGGAAUCCUUCGCAAGCUCCCGUACACUAUUAUUGGUAAUUACUCAAAAUAAUAGUAAGCAUAAAACCUAACUUGGUAACGAGUAAUGGAGAGCUGUUGAU